AGGGGGCGGAGUGCUCCGCAUCCGGGUCCCUUUCCCGAUGUGGUGUCCCAGCUGGGCUUUGAGCGGCGUUUGUGAUUGUGAAGCGGCCGUCGGCGUUUGUGAUUGUGAAGCGGCGGUCAACGUUCGGAGCCGCGCAGACUCUUCCGCCGGCGCACAGGCAGCAGCGCAGCAGCAGCAGCUCCUCUGGCUGACUUCUGUGUACACAGCCGCACUGUUAAUUUGAGACUAGAUGUUUUGAGGAAAUUAAACAUUAAUGCGUACAGCAUAGAGCAGAUAUGUAGCUGAUUUAACAGAAUGCAUGACUUGUCUGCAUCUCUCAAGAGGCAGAGGCUAGACUGCAUCAAGCCCAGAAUGGAGAUCUCCUGCGAUUUAGUGCAAGGGGAUUUGAGAGAGAGUAAAAGGGAAAGUUCAUGUGACACACACAAUGACAUUCAUAAGGGGCAUCGAUGCGACAGACUCAGAAGUUCACUUGGGCCUAAUUCGUCAUAAACAUCAGACAAGGUGGUCACCAUCUGCCUAGUAUGCACCAGUUCAGACAGCAGACCAUCCAUGAGCUCAGAUUUCCAGCAUUACAGUUUCAGGAUGCCAAACAUUGGAUUCCAGAACCUGCCUCUCAACAUAUACAUUGUGGUCUUUGGUACCGCCAUAUUUGUCUUCAUCCUGAGUUUACUCUUCUGCUGCUACUUGAUCAGACUUAGACACCAAGCCCACAAAGAGCUGUAUGCCUACAAACAGGUUAUUCUAAAGGAAAAAGUCAAAGAGCUCAACCUACAUGAGAUCUGUGCUGUUUGUUUGGAGGAAUUCAAGCCCAAAGAUGAGCUGGGAAUCUGUCCAUGCAAGCAUGCCUUCCACAGAAAGUGCCUCAUUAAAUGGCUGGAGGUGCGGAAGGUGUGUCCCCUCUGCAACAUGGCCGUUCUCCAGCUGGCCCAGCUUCACAGCAAGCCGGACCCCCACGGACCCCCACAGGAGCCCCUGCCCGGGGCAGCAAGCAUCGUAUAGCUGCUCACAAGCCGCACACUUUUCCAGCACAACCCAUCGCCCAACAGAGCCAUGUGGACACUCGCCGCUCUCUGGACCUGCCGCUUCUGGCCUUGGGGGCUCUGCCAGGGUUCCUUUUGUCUCGUGAAGAGCUUCCAGGACACACUCGAAGGAGGAAAGGACAGGUGCUCGGACUGCGGAAACAUCCGUAGCGCAGAGCCCACCAGCGCCUCCAGAAGGCAAAAUUGCAAGCCUUGUGGGUUUGGCUUUACUUUUUUGACAAGAGCACUUUACAAAGGACGUGUGUAUAAGUCAGGUGCUGGUCUUUGGAUUGAGUGGCAUGGAUGCUGAAGGAUGGGGUGAGGCCUAAAGCCGAGAGCAAUGUGAGAGACAAACGUCAGGAGCGCAGAAGGCAACUUGCAUGUGACAUGCGCCCCCUCACAUCUCAGGAUGUAGAGACUCCAUGCGCUCCUUGGGGGGGGGGGACUGUGCCCCACAGUUCCAUUGCCGGUGGUUACCUCAUGCCGAAUUGCCUGUGGCUUCUGGAGCAGAACAACAGCAAGGAAAAUCCUGACAUGGUUUCAGAAUUAUCCAUAACAGCUGAGGAACUCUCUCUCUCUCUCUCUCUCAUAUGUGGGAUAGAGAGCACUAAUAGAGCCAAGCCCACCCACAGCUCUCUGAGGAAGAGCGAGUGCCUAGAGACCCCAAAAUGAUGCACAGAACAUAUUUGGUUAAAAGUUAGGCUAACAUCCACCAGCGGUCUGAUGGUUUCUGUUAGGCCCCUGAGAGCCACGCUAGCUCAAUUUCUGCCUCGGAUUCCUCAAGUUCUCUGAGAGGGAAGGAGAAGCAGAUCUCAAAAAUUCCUGUCACAUUAAUGGACAACUUCCUGGAAAAUAACAAGGCCUUGUCCGCAUCCUGCAGAAGAGGCAGGUUAUCAAUCUCUUGGGUCCAGCACCAGAAUAGGGGAGGGGGGCCCUUUAUCCCACAGUGUGAAUCCCAUAUGCCAGCACAGAAGGGCACACACACAUGUAGAGUUAGAAUGCGUUUGAAUUGAAAAUAAAUAAAAUGAAGAUGACAGAUA